GGCCGAUGGGGAGGAGAAAGCGGUGGCCGUUGCCGUCCUCAUUCAUAGCAGCACGGACGCCGGAGCUCGGGCCUGUUGCAUGCGAUCCGCGGGCUCCAGGGUAACGUCCCGGCCCGGUCGCACUCAGCCGAUCGCUGGGCUGUCGCGCUUCGGCCGCUUUGUGCAGGAACGGGGGAGGCACUGGCAGCGGUGCGCGGCACAGGAUUAUGGAUUUUCCAGGGCACUUUGAGCAAGUGUUUCAGCAGCUGAACUAUCAGCGGCUACAUGGACAACUCUGUGACUGUGUGAUUGUUGUUGGGAGCCGACAUUUCAAAGCUCAUCGCUCUGUGCUUGCAGCAUGUAGCACCCACUUUCGAGCUCUCUUUACUGUCCCUGAGACUGAUCAAUCAAUGAACAUGGUUCAGCUUGACAGUGAAGUAGUCACGGCAGAGGCUUUUGCAGCCCUUGUUGAAAUGAUGUAUACAUCCACUCUAAUGCUGGGAGAGAGCAAUGUAAUGGACGUGCUUUUAGCAGCUUCCCACCUCCACCUGAAUUCUGUGGUGAAGGCUUGCAAACAUUACUUAACAACCAGAACUGUACCCAUGUCCCCUACAAGUGAAAGGCUUCAAGAACAAAAUGCUCGUAUGCAGAGGUCAUUUCUGCUUCAGCAGCUGGGUCUGAGUUUAGUAAAUUCUGCCCUCAGCUCCAGUCAAACAAUGGAUGAGCAAGUUGGUGUGAACUCGUCACUGCGCCACCACUUGGAGGAUCAGUCGCCUGCAUUUCCUGUCAGGCGUCUGCAGAAAAGGAAAGCCAUUCCUGAUGAAAGAUCAAAGCAAAGGAUAAGACCUUCCAUGGAUGAAUCUAUCAUCACUGAAGGUACAUCAGACAAUGGACAAGCUGUGGUGCAUACUUGUGAGGAACUGUUUACACCAGACUCCCUGAAAUUGGGAGAUGGCUCAAAAACUGAUGCGAGUGUUGAAAAUCAAGUGGAAAAUGCUAUGAUUUUUGAGCAAGCCUUUAGCACACCAGAGGAUAACCAGGUAUCCAGUCAGUCAGACAAAGGAGUCAGCCAUUCACAAGUAUCCGUGGUUUCUCAAGCAACCCACAUCGAAACUAGUUUCAACCAAGAUUCUGCAAAUGAGAAAUCAGAUUUUCAUACUGAGACUACAGAGCUUCACAUAAAUGGAAGUGAGGAACAGGUCCGCAUUGUUGUAAAGGCUGAACCACUGAGCUCGCCUGAUCCUCAAGAUGAGACGAGUGAUGCUGCCUCACAGGCUGAAGGCAGUGAGUCAGUGGAGGUGGAAGGAGGAAUGCCUAGUGCAGAAAAACUGGAGCUUAGUCCAGAGAGCAGUGACCGAAGUUUUUCUGAUCCUCAGUCUAGCACAGACAGAGUCACCGACAUACACAUUCUGGAAUCUGCAAACACAGACACAAAAGCCCCCUUUCAUAUUUCCACCUUUUUGAAUAAGAACCGAUCAAGCAGUUUCAGUGGAGGCCAAAAUGCAGAUGACAACCUCCCGAACACAACGAGUGAUGGCAGAAUGGAGAGUGAAGCUACUUACUUAAUGAGCCCAACAUCCAGUGUGUCUGCGGGUGUCAAUUCAACAAUGGUAGCAACGCGAAUGGAGAAUCCCUUUAAUGACAGUGCUGAUUCUCAUUUCAUGCGACCUAUGCAGGACUUGCUGGGCCUGUCAUGUGGGCAGUCUUCAGAGUACAAAACUGGGGGAGAACCAUUCAGAUUGGAAUUUCCCAGGCCUAGUUCUGGAUUGCAUUCACUUUCUAGGCAGUCAAUCAUUUCAUCACGAGGAGGAGCCACUAAUUUUCCGGGUUAUCGCCGCAUUGCCCCAAAAAUGCCCAUAGUGACUUCUGUUGGAGAUGGAGGUUCUGGAUCACAAGACAAUGGCUCUAAUUCUCAGGUCCGAAUAUUAAACAGUACCUCUUCCACGUUUGAAAAUAACCAUUCUUUACAGUCUGGCCCUCCACAGCUGACACGGGCAUCUGCAGAUGUACUUUCAAAGUGUAAGAAAGCCAUGUCAGAACACAAUGUGUUGGUGGUGGAAGGUGCCCGCAAAUAUGCUUGUAAAAUUUGCUGCAAGACAUUCUUAACAUUAACAGAUUGCAAGAAACAUAUUCGUGUUCACACUGGAGAGAAGCCCUAUGCAUGUUUAAAAUGUGGUAAAAGAUUCAGUCAGUCGAGUCACUUAUACAAGCAUUCUAAGACCACCUGCUUGAGAUGGCAUGGUGGCAAUUUGCCAAGUACUCUGCUCUGAGAUGGACAUUCUCCAUAUUUGUAUUUGCUGCUUUGAAGGGUGCUGACCUCUUUUUAUUUUAGAAAAAAGAGCUCUUGUAAGGUGAAAAUGAUGAAAAUAGAUGUUUCACUUGCAAUUAAUAGCAAAAUGUCAGUAAGGUGCCGAGUUCAGGGCAAAUUAAAUUUUGUAGAAUUUAGUAACUGUAUAAUAUAUAUAUACUGCAAUUUUUUAUGCUGUUCAGCUAUUUUAUUUCAGUAGUUGCUGACUAACCAAAACCUGCAAAGUGAUUAGCACAGAAUAGUCUGUUUGUGUAUUUCCUGAAUGUAUAGCUCAUGUAUUAUCUGGAUGAUGUAUAAAUCGAGGAGCAAAGGAGACCUGUAGGGUGAAUAUAUUGACCAUUGAUUAUCUGUGUAUUUAUGUGGUCUGAUGGGAGGGUUGGGAGAGGAGAAAGGAAGGUUUGAUUCUCACUAUCUGCUAGUGAAUAAGCCUUUACUAAUUAUAUCACUGUGCAGGAGGACAAAAAAUCAGCAUUGACCAUAUGUUGCUCUUACAAAUCCAUAAAAGACAUUCUGAUCCAAAAGUGAAAUACUCCAGAUGCUGGAAAAAUGAAAAACCACAAAGUGCUGGAAAUACUCAGCAGGCCAGGUAGUUUCUGCGAAAAGAGAAAGACACUUUGCGCCAUUUGCCAUCCAGUUAACAAUAGUUGGCAAUCUGGAAGAAUGAUUAAAGGUACCAUCAUAAAGAUUUAAUAUUGUGAAAGCUAUGUUAUGAAUGAAGAGAAUUGCUUGUGGAAUUGUUUUGAUGGGGUGAAAUGAACCCAGUACCUGGUGGGGCUCUGGUUGACAGCCCGAAUUUGACAGUAAUUGUCAUGGAUAGAUAUACAGCUAAAGCUCUUGGAAUGUGGAGAUGCAAAGAAAGUGCCAUUCUGUGCUGAUAAUUCAGGGUAUUCAUUUAAAGCAGACAUGAUUUGACUAGAUUGUAGGGUGAACCAUUAAAUAUAUGGAAUGCGCAAAAGGAUUAUUUUCUUUCUAGAACCGAUUUGUUUUAUACUAAUGGCAUACAUUAACUUUCUCCAUGGAUAACAAACACUUAUCUGACUUUUUCAGACAUUAUUUAUUAGCCCUUGUCCUAGUGUUCCCUUAAAUGUAGGACAUGGAGAGGAUGAGUAGCGUGCCAGUGAAGAGAAAGCACCACCUGAACAAUGAAGCCCUGUCACAGAAAGGGGCAGGCCAGAGAACAAAGCACUGGGUGCUAAAUCCUAGUGCAUUGGAGCAUGAAUCGGGGAUUGGGCGGAAUAGUUUGCGGGAGAGACAAUUUACAUCCUUGCUUAGUUGAAGAUGUGUAUAUAUGUAAAUUAAGGUAAUUGGCUACAAAAUAAAAGUUGUUUCAAUGGGACCUUGAUCUCUUGGUACAGAUUCUUAAUUCCUGUGUGCAUAGUUGUUCCUACUACUCUAAAGCUCUCUUGUUCUCCAUAUUUGAGAUAAUAGUAGUCCUUUUCAAAAUACAGCUAGCACUUUGUGUGGAUCAAUUUGUUAUAAAUGACAUGAAUUUGUUGGAAUAUUAGAGGUAGGUAAAAUAUUUUCUGUUUCUGUCUUAGAAACUUGAAUAGAGAAUUUCCAUUCAUUGUAAUCCUUUUCAAUGUUCAUUUUAUCCACUCAGUGACCUGUAACUAAUAAAGUGGCCACUGAGUGUACGCUCGUGGUUUUCUGCUGCUGUAGGCCAUCCACUUCAAGGUUUGAUAUUUUCUGUGUUCAGAGAUGCUUUUCUGCACACCACUGUUGUAACACAUGGUUAUUGAGUUACUGUAGCUAUCCUGUCAGUUUGAGCCAGUGUAGCCAUUAUCCUCUGACCUCUCUUAUCAACAAGGCAUUUUCACCCACAGAACUACUGCUCACUGGAUGUUUUUUGUUUUUCUUACCAUUCUCUGUAAACUCUAGAGACUGUUGGGUGUGAAAAUCCCAAAAAAUCAGCAAUUUCUGAGAUACUCAAACCACCCUGUCUGGCACCAUUAAUUAUUCCAUGAUCAAAGUCACUUUGUUCACAUUUCUUCCUCAUUCUGAUGUUUGGUCUGAACAACAACUGAACCUCUUAACCAUGUCUGCAUGCUUUUAUGCAUUGAGUUGCUGCCACAUGAUUGGCUGAUUAGAUAUUUGCAUUAACAAUGAUGUGCCUAAUAAAGUGGCCACUGAAUGACCAGUCCUGUCCUCGAAACUACAAAAUCAGACUGUUCAAAAAGAGUGUUAAGUUGUAAUGUUAUAGUGUUUCCAUCAGGUGAAAUUUAUCAUUCAAAUAAGAAAGUGACUAAUAAUGUCACUUCUAAUCCAAAUUUCACAGUAUGCUUUUGAUUUUGAAGUGCUUUGCAGACUAUUAUUUCAAUGGUUCAACAGAUGCCUGUACUGUAUUUGCGGGUUUCUGACAACUGUUACAGUUCAAUUGAAGACUGACAAUAAUUCGCACAAAAUUCCCUGAUACACAUUUGCAUCUUAAAUGUUAUUUUUCUUUACCUUAAAUGCUGAAAGAGAAACAAGGUAAAUUUGUGGGAUUCUUGAGUUUUCAAAAGACUCAUGUUGCUGAUAUCAGUAUUAAGAGAUUGCAGCCUGCCAUUAUGCUGAGAGUCCUGAACUAAGUAGGAGUUCCUUUUUUCAGUUGAUCCAAAGAUUCAGCUAAACACGGAAUUGGUGUUUGAAGCAUUGGGAAAUGGUUGUUAAUCAUAUUACAAGUCAAUUGAAAAUCAUAUUACAAAUCAAUUGAGGGUGGAAUCUCAUGUGGAUGGGGUGGUGAAGAAAGCUUUUGGUAUGCUGGCCUUUAUUAAUCAGAGCAUUGAGUAUAGGAGUUGGGAUGUAAUGUUGAAAUUUGGAGUAUUGUGUACAGUUCUGGUCACCGAAUUAUAGGAAGGAUGUCAACAAAAUUGGGAUAGUACAGAGGAGAUGUACUAGAAUGUUGCCUGGGUUUCAUCUCCUAAGUUCCAGGGAAAGGUUGAACAAGUUGGGUCUUCAUUCUUUGGAACGUAGAAGCUUGAGGGGGGACUUGAUAGAGGUGUUUAAAAUUAUGAGGGGGAUAGAUAGAGUUAACAUGGAUAGGCUUUUUCCAUUGAGAGUGGAGGAGAUUUAAACAGGACAUGAGUUGAGAGUUAAAGGGCAAAAGUUUUGGGGUAACAUGAGGGGGAACUUCUUUACUCAGAGAGUGGUAGCUGUGUGGAACAAGCUUCCAGUAGAAGUAGUGGAGGCGGGUUUGAUGUUGUCAUUUAAAGUUAAGUUGGAUAGCUAUAUGGACAGGAAAGGAAUGGAGGGUUAUGGGCGAGUGCAGGUCGGUGGGACAAGGUGAGAGUAAGAGUUCGGCACGGACUAGAAGGGCCGAGAUGGCCUGUUUCCAUGCUGUAAUUGUUAAAUGGUUAUAAGUAAUGAAGAACUUUCUGCUGAAAUAAAUACGCUAAAAAAACUCUUCCUGAUUGAGAUUUAAAGAAUAAUGGUGAAAAAAUUUUUUAAAAAAUCUUUGGAAAAUCAUAUUCACAGUAGUACAAACGACCUGAUCUCUGUAAAAGGCCAGUUUACUCCAUAUGAAAUAAUUCUGAUGACAUUAACUUUAUGUAUAUUAUUUAUGAUCUGCUAUGGAAUAAUUUAGAUAAUCAUACUAUUUUUAAACAAACACAGGAUGGUUCAGAAUGACUUAGCUGUAAUCAGAUCAGCCCUUGAGGGUGGAAGAAUCAUUCAAGCAAAAACUUGAGUUUAAAUUUAAUUCUCUGCUACAUUGGAGAAUAAAGUGAAUUGAAUUUCUGUGCUUUUCUAACCAUUAAACUCUGUCAUUUGAGAGGGACCAUGGAGUUCAUUGACAAUCCAACUGGUGUCAAGUCCUAGCACUUCCCUCAAUUUACCUUUCCACAGUGUUACAUCUUGCCAACAAGGUUUGUCACUGGAAUGUGGCUAAUUUGCAGGAUAAAUAGGAAACUAUUCAACCCAUGUUGCCUCCAUUCCAGAACUAAUCACCUGGUGUUUAGUCAUCAAGCUGUAUACUUGGAGUCCCAGCACCAAGUCAUUGUCGAUUUGUUCACUAAAGGAAAGAGAAUGGGCCCAACACUUAACAUUUUCAAAAUAAAGUUCUUUACCUAUUCAACUCUGCAGAACAACACUGUACCCAUCACUUAAAAGGUCCACAGGAAAACACGGACUACUACUUGUAUCUUAAGAAUUAGAACGAAGAUGUACAUUGAUUGAAAUUUCCUGAUGCCUUCACAGUGUUUGGCCAGUCGUGUAAUGAAGUAUGGCGAAAAGUUCAUGGUGUACCAUCCAGCAGUGAUUCAUGUGUCACCCUCCAUUAGCAUUCAGAGCUCUGGAAAGGUACCAUUAAUACUGUCUCCUCAGAGUACUUCAAAUUCAAGUUAAGGUGACUAAAGUCAGCACCUUCCUUGAGCUCCAAAGUAUGUUCAGUCAGGCACCAGAUUCUUCAAAUGGACACUCCAAGCUCUGCGAAAUCAUGAAGACAGCAGGAUGGUCUGAGGAAACCAUUCAGAUAUGGUCUAGAAUCUUCAUAGAAAUACCAGCUCAUGCAAGUCCCUGUCCUGUGACUGCCUGAAAUGGAGAAGCAUUUAGGAUGGUAUUGGACACCUCGGGUCUAUUCAUUGAGCGAUACAUAAAUGGUGGAGGGGCACACUCUGUCCCCAAAUGAUCCCUCCAUGCACCACAUCAAACACCUGCCCUACUUGUGGCAGAGGCUGCAUGUCCCAGAUUGGGUUCUAAGGAUAGAAACAAGAUAAAACCAGAGAAAUAGAAUGGAAGGAAGUUAUCCUUUUUCAAGGAACUUAAGACAAUUUUGUGAAUAUUGAACUAUGGCAUAUGACUAGUUGGAUGCAGUUCAUUAGUAAUGCCAUACAACCUGUACGUUGAGUUUCUGCAUGUCCAACCAGUUGGUAUUUUAACAAAUGUAUUACUAUUUUAACAUCCCAAUCACUACUGUACUGAUUAUUUUGAAAGUUAAAAUUGAAAAUUAUAAAACUUGCUUGUAUGUAAUACCAUUCCAUCAACUCAUUUUUUGUAAAAACUAUCACUGCAAAUUUUGCGUGGAUAAUGUACUUUUUUGAAAGCUAAAGGUAGCGGUAAACCUGCUUUUUAGUAAUGUGGAUUCAUGCCACAGUGAGCACUCUUAAUUUUAUGGAAAAGCAAGUUUGUGGGCAUCUUCUGAUGAAAAGUCAUUGAACUAAACUUAACUGUUUCUUUCUGCAAACUGCAUUUUUUGUCUUUAUUUUUCAUUACUAUACAAUUUCCUGUUAAAAGGGAGCCAUUUAACUCCAAGCAGUGCAUGCCACAUUUUCUCCUUAGCAGUGCCAUGUACAAACUACAUAGGGGCCAAAAGCAACAUCCAAUUUAUUUUCAGAAUGUUGUAAAGUAGGGGUUUAUUGCCCAUUUCUACUCAUCUGGAGAAAUUAAUAAUCUCCUUUAAAAAUACUAGUACUGAUUGGUUUGUUCAGCCAUUUCAGUGGUCUGUCACACACUUGAGUGGUGUGGAGUUAAAGUCACACUCAGGCCACAUUGACUAAAGAACAGCUUCAAUGGUACUCUUUGGAAAUUAAAGAAA